GGAGGCAUUGUUGUCACAUUUUGCUAUGGGUCUCAUGAGUUUCGUUUACAAGUUAAUUUUCUAGUAUAUUAAACAUUAUGAUGGCGCUAUAAACGGAGACAUUGGCUUUGGUACAGCUUUACUGAGGCUGUGCUGAGAAACCCGGUUUCGGAGGUGGUAUGACAGAUGAUGGAUGACGACACAAGAUCACAAGAACUGUUGGACAGUGUUGACAUCUCACAGUUACGACCUGAUGGGAAACUUAAUACAUCAGUUGCACCACCUUCCCUCAAGGUUGAUGAAGAUGGAUGUGCAGUUAUUGCACCACCUGUUACACAGUAUGUCAACAUACACAGGUUGGCUGAACCUUCUCUUGGUGCUGUUGGGGGUAAGGGGGGAACAGGCGGUGGUGUCCCUUCGGACUGCGGGCCUACUGGCCUUGACCUGGUUCCUCAUCAUGUUGUGCAUAAUGGACUUGUGGUUGACAUGAUGGUACCGGGAAGUGCUGGUGAAUUUGUGGCACAUGGUGCAGCUGGCUACCUUCCUCCUGUGGGUGACCAUUAUGAUGAAGAUGUCUUACUGACGGAAGAUGAUCGUCGCCUUGCAGCAGCCCUCGUUGCUGUACAGAUUGCUCAGCAGCAGAAGCAUCAUGGAAAUGUGGGCAGCAGUCAUCAUGGUUUGCCUCACCCCCAGGAAUUAGGCCUAGUUACUGUUAAUGGUGCCCUGCCGUGCCUUACUAAGGUUCCUGAUCAUCAUAAUGGAAGCAGCGUACCUAUGUCACCAGACCGUGCUGCUGUAGUUCAAGGGUACAUACAGACAGCAGGUGUAGUUGUUGAUGAUGACCAGGAGCACCAACUAUUGACUGAACAGGGUGAUCGUAUCUUAAAAUUGUACCAUCAAGCAGAGCAAGCUGCUGCAUCUGCUCCUUCUACAGCAACAGUACAGACACGUCGCCACCAUGUGCAGGCAAUACAACACGAGCUUCCAAGGUCACCGAGAGAUGAAUUGAAGGAAGAAUAUGACAUAAAAAGUGAGGAAGAUGAUAGUGGAGAUGAGCAGGCAUUAGAUCAAGAAGCAGACAUUGAUGCUGGAUCUGGUUCUUCUGAUUAUGGCACAGGUCGUGCUUCUCGUCGCAGUCUUCCUCAUAAGAAGCGCAUACCACGCAAACUGAAACAGCAACAGCACCAGCACCAGCAACAGGUGCAGCAUCAGCAGUCCCAGAAAUCAUCAUCAUCUCCGUCUCGCAGUUUAUCAGCACGCCAUUAUAAGUGCAAUCGAUGUGGUGCACAAUUUAAUUCACAGUCGUCACUGGCCUCUCAUCGACAAAUGGCGCAUCACUCUCAAGCCUUCAGUUGUGAACUGUGUGGCCGUGUCUUCACACAUCAGAUUAAAUUUUUUGAGCAUCUGAAAUCACAUUAUGAACCUUUAUCUGCUACUAGCACUGUAAUGGAUGAAGAAGCCACAGACCAUGUUGAUGAGCCAGAUGUACCACAAGAACAGGAUGAGUCGCAAGUAAAACUUGAACCACUUCGUCCUGUCGCACCUAACAGUUCCUCAACAGCUGUACCUGUGUCAUUGCCUCAGUCUCCUCCAACACCAGUGUACAGUUGUCCACACUGUGGGAAGACAUUUCGGCGCCAGAAGGUUCUUGAAACACACAUCAGUCAGACCCAUCCGAAACAAGAAGAGAUUGAAUUCAGUGAUCCAGAAGAUCUUAUGGAAGGCAUUCGUGAUGUGGUGAAUGUGACAGCAGCUGCAGAUGACGCAGAUCCAUCCAAUGUUGUGAAAGGUGGCCCAAGCUGGUACCACCAUGUUGGCAGUGGUGAUUGGUACCGUGAAGAUGAACUGACAGCAGCUGAGGCAGAUCUUCAUGAAAUUGAAGACUCUUUGGCGUGUGAAUUGUGCGGUGAUGUUUUCACGAGCAAAGAAUUGGUGGCAGAACAUGUACGCCGUGAUCAUCUCGACAUGCCUCCACCACCCCCACCAGAUGCUCACAGUGAUCCAGAUGGUGAAGCUGAAGCAGAUGGAGAGGAUCCAGACAAUCCCCCAGCACCGGAUCCUGGUCCUGCCAAUGAGACCUCUGCCCCCGCAUCAAACAGCACGACAGGUGGAAAGCGAAGACCCAAGAGAUCACGAAGAGAACUUCAGUUAACGUGCCCUGAAUGCUUUAGGAGAUUUAAUCACCGAAACUCUUUGGUAUAUCACCUUCGAUCACAUUCUGGUGAAAGGCCGCACCAAUGUGAAGUCUGUGGAAAGAGUUUCUUUGCUGCAAGUGCACUAAAGGUACAUAUGCGGCUGCAUUCGGGUGAUAAGCCUUACAAGUGUGAAUACUGCGGUCGUCACUUUCGACAGUGGGGUGAUUUGAAGUACCAUUGCAUAUCAAUACAUUCGGAAGAAAAGAAUUACCAGUGUGAAUACUGUGGGAAAGACUUUGCCCGAAAAUACUCUCUCAUUGUGCAUAGACGUAUUCAUACUGGCGAGAAAAAUUACAAGUGUGAAUUUUGUGGGAAAAGCUUCCGUGCCUCCUCAUACCUUCAGAAUCAUAGACGGAUUCACACAGGUGAGAAGCCACAUCCAUGUAAUGUGUGUGGCAAGCCAUUCCGUGUUAGAUCAGACAUGAAGCGACAUCUCAACACGCACAAUCGAGAACGACACAGAAGUAAUGGGGCUCGUAUAGCGGCCUCCUCAGCUACAGAGGAUCAGUUGAAGGUCGAAGAAGCAGAAGUAGUUAGUGGCUUGAGCCACACAGUUUCUGUGGAACAUCAAACAGCCACACAGCAGUCACUGAGCACAGUUGCUGAAAUAUCAGUGCAGGAUGCUGCUCCUCCAGAUAGCCUCUUGCCGGAAGAAACAGGUGGCUCAGGUUUGCGGCACAGUGCACUGGGCGCUGCUGCCGAGGAAGUUCUUUACCACACCAGGGACACACUGGAUGCUGUCCGUGAUUCGAGCACACUUUAUGUUUGGCCGAUCUAUAUGAGUUAGCACAACCACUUAGCAUUCAGGCUGGUGCCUACUCGCUGAUAAUUGACUGAUUUAAUUGUGAUUGCCCGGUGUAACAGAGAAGACUUAAUUAGAAUGACACGGGUUUUGUACAAAGCUGUCGAACUCAGGUGGUUGAAUGGGAUUCAAUUUGUCUGUAUUUCCAUGUCUGGGCUUCUGUGCUGUGUUGUGUUGUGAAUGAGAAACAGUAUUUUGUACUGCAAGACUGGAAUAUCAUUUAAAUAAUAUUUAUAUAAAUUGCAUCUAUGACUGUUCCCAGACAGAUUUUACCUGUUUGGGAGUUCUGAAUGGCAUUGCUGGAGAUAACCCAGCAUUCUCAGAUAUUACUAGCUUGAGAUAUUUUUUCUGACCUGAAUUGUCAGUACUAUUCUCACCAUGGUUGUAAUUGGGAUAUACAAUAGAGAGUCCUGGAAGAGAUUUUCAGUACUUGUUAAUGUGCAGAUUGCUGGUUUCUGCUGUAUUACAUUUAGAGGGAUGUGGAGAAGCAAGGUGCGAGCUAUGCGGACUGGAUUUGGAAGUGAUGAAAUGGAAGUCUUCCUUAAGUAGCUUAUGACUGUUAAGAUGUUGAACGCUUGUGGCAUUUGUGCUGUGUACCACUAAUUGUUUGCUUGUGCUAAUGAGGAUUGAAUCAUUGUUUGUUAAUUGUGUAUAUGUUUUUAUACAGUGUAUCUUUGGUAUUCUAGAGUUCUUAAAUAACUGAUCAUUGUAUGGAAUUGAAAAUCCAGUAAGUAAUACUCAGCAGCUAUUGGGAUACAUUUUAGGAUUAAGCACAAAGCAAGUUCUAAGGUUUCACUAUUUUUUUAAGAACCUUUACAUAUACUUACAUCUGUAUCAAAAUUGAAGCAUUCCACUGCAAAUUUUAUGUAAUAUAAUAAUGAUUGUGUAUGUUUGUACUGUGUAUGAAUUUUGUUGUGAGCCUGCAAGUUCAGCUACAAGACUGUGUGCUGAUACUAUGUUAAAGAGUUGAAUUACGUACUAAAGCGAGAAAAUAUUUUUCUGCUUAUGUCUUAGGUAUUGUGAUUAUUUAUCUGUACCUACAUUGAGACUGAAAUAAUAGUUUUAAUUAUUUAGUUUUGAGUGCUUUUGUCCAUUUUUCAGAAUGAAGAGAUUGUAGCUAUGUUAUAUAAUAUUUUUCAGUAGUAAUCUCUUCUGCAUCCCUUUUUGGACAGAUUGCCUUAAGACAUUGCUGUGUUUUAUAAAUGGAAGCAGUAGGUGCACAUAUGAAUGGAUUCAGAAAAUAAGUCUUUAAUUUUAUUGUUAUCUUAACAUGAGAAAUAGGGAAUGAUUGUGUGAUGAUUGGUGCAGAUUGUUGUAAAAUUAUUGUGUGACCAGACAUUCUGCAUAGACAAUUACUUUUCUUAAAUAUCUUUUACAUAUUUGUUCUAGAUAUUGUGUCAUUACAUUUCUACCUUUAUCUGAUUGCAGAAUGCAUCUUAUGUACACUUUUUCUCCCUGUCACUGCGUCUUAAGAAUUUACGGAUAUUUAAUGCUAGAACUAUUCUUAUCUCUAUGAUUCAAUACAGUCUUCUUCUUUCCCACCUAUAUGCUACUUUUAGUUUUAAUGAAUAGGAAAUGUGGAAUGAUAUAUAGUAGUUUAUGCAAAAUAUUUCAUAGACUUUAGCAGAUACUAUUCAUUCUUUUCGUGGCUGUACAUUUUGGUUUGUGACUACAGGUGCAAAAUCAGAGGAUAAUUUAUUGGGAAUAUUGAAAAUAGAAUUUAAAAAAUUUUUAUUUCAUUAUGAUUUUGUGAGAAAUGGUGUGAGAAUACUUUAUCACGAGUAUUCUUCAUCUAUUACUUGAAUUUUACACAAUGCACUGAUGUGAGUUCCUCACUUAUAUUUGUGUUUGGUGGUACGCUUGAUUUGUGUGUGUGUGUGUGUGUGUGUGUGUGUGUGUGUGUGUGUGCGCGCGUGCAGUGUGUACUAAGCAAUAAUUUUAUUUGCAGCUGUGUUUCAUAGGCUUCAACUUAAUUAACUACUUGCCGCUGAGGCUUUCUUUGCAGCUGCUAUCUCCUCUGUUUAUUCUACUGUCCAUCUGCUUUUGAUGUUCACUGAACCCAAUAGUUUCAAUAGAAUUCAUUUAAAAGUUGAAAAUAUAAUGACUAGAUUUACUUCAUAUCCCCUGCAAGAAUAAUAUUUCGUUUAAAUGUAACGUAAUUAUGCUCCUUGUAUAAUAUAUUUAGUCAUUCCAGGUAAUUUAUUGAGUAAUAAAUGCAGAUGGUGAUUUUAAUAUCUUUUGAGCACGAACAUAGUUUUUAAAGCCUUCAAGCUACUGUACCAAAGACAUGAUUAUUUUUAUAAUGUUUUUUAUGGUUUUAUCAUGUCAGUAUUUUAAAAAAUUGUACUUGAAGGUAUCAUGGUGCUAAUGAAGAGGUUUGUCUUUUAGAACAGCAUUUGCCAGAUUAGUUUUGUGUACAGAACAUAUGCCCUUUAAAAUAGGACAAAUAAUUUGCUAUGGAUUUGUGAGGGCAUCAGGUAUGUUUUUCAAUGGAGCAAGCAGCAUUUAUUACAGUUGUCAUCCUUAAUUAUAAGGUUAGCAGCUGUAUUAGAUUUUGUAGACCCCCUCGUGCUCUCUCUCUCUCUCUCUCUCUCUCUCUCUCUCUCUCUCUCUCUCUCUCUGUGUGUGUGUGUGUGUGUGUGUGUGUGUGUGUGCACGUGCGCUCCUGUGUGUAAGAUGGCCUAAAACAACUAUAAGCUGUAUCUAAAUUAUAAUAAGACUUUUAACAUUUUUUUGUGUAUUUUGGUACUUGCAGUCCACUCAAUAAACCGCCUCUCAUUCUUUUAUUAAAUUGGCUUGGAUUUGCAUCAGAAGGACCUUGAUUUUCACAUCUUAUGUUCGUUCAUCAUCUGAGUGUGUCAUGAACAUGUAUGAUUAAUGAAAAAUUUAUCCAUGUCCAGGUCUGAAUGGUUGUUUCUCUAUUUUUUGUCUGCUUUGUGGAAGUUCUCUUCUUUUAGUGACUAGUUUACAAAUAGAUUUCAUUAGUAUAAUGAAUGUAACUGUGAAUUGUGGGAACUUUAGCAGUUUGUAAAGAAAAAGUGAAUUUUUCAUACAGGAAAUGUAGGUGCAAUUACUUUCCAAAAUUGGUUAACUAAUUUGUCAUUUAUUACCAGAACAAAAAUUAUCUUCUGGAAGAUGAACCAUUAAAGUAUAUAAACAGCAAGCUCAAAAUUGUUUUAGAUUAUCAUGAAAUUUAGCUUUCACCUAUUUUAAUGUCAGACAAUAGGAGUAAAGUAUUGCAACUUGGUAUACUUACUUUCCCCGUACAUCUUCAGUGAUUUUCCCACACACAAAUAACUAAUUGUGUGUCUCCUUUUUUAAUGUUUUUCUGUUGUUGGCUGACACCUUUUCUAAAAUGAACAUGGUCAAAAAAUGGAAGUAAUAUUCAAUGUCAGUUUCUGAUUGUGUUUCAUAAUAAUUCAGUUUCAUUAAACAUUAAAAACUUGUGAUAUUGUCAUGUAUAUUCAUAAUAUACUGCUACAGGAAGAUAUUCAUCUCCAAUAUGUGGAGUGUUGGAACACUAAAACAUUUUUUGUUUAUUGAGGGUUUCAGAAAAUAUUUUGAAUAAAUGAUUCUGUUCAUGACAGUUGCGUUACAGUGACAGGGAAAACAAGUCAAAGUUAUAUAUGAAAAUAUUUCUUGUCAACUCUUGUUUUAUGUUUUAUGUGCUAAUUUUGUGUGUAUUUUUAUGUUGUAUAUAAAAUGUAACUGUACAUUUCUAAUUAUGGUGCUUUCUGUGUAAAGGGCACUUUUAGACUGAUGGACAGACUGUGUAAAAAUAUCUGUAAUAUUAGGAAAGUGGUUUGUUGUGAAAAAGUACUAUUACUGUGACUUACUUUGUAUCAUUGUUAUUUCUAAUCACACAAGCAUCUUAAAAUGUGUUUGCUGUAUACAUUGCAGUUCUAUACUUAUCAGAAUGGCUCCCCUGACACAGUCUGAUAUACAUUUUUACAUAUUAGCCACAUAUCAUAAUUUUAUUUGCAGCAAGUGUUCAGACAUUCUUUGUCAUGAAUGCAUUACUAAUUGAUGUCAACAGUGUAUGUUUUGUUGCCCAUGUAUUCAACUUGUUUCUUUUAUUUCUAUGGCUAUGAAGAUAUAUGAGAGAGAGAGAGAGAGAGAUUGAGAUUUUCAUGAUAACUAUGCUUUUCCUUAUUCUUAUUUUUGUACUAAUAUAUUGGUGGAAAACUGAGGAGAAUUUCAUUAAAAAAUUAUCAUCUAUGCUCUGGGGAAAUGCAUUAAUAAUCUGCCAGUCAAGAAAAGAAUGUCUGGGUCACUUUUAACAACUUGUCCAUCAAUAAGAUCUCAUGAUUAAGGAAAAUGUUAGAAGUAUCUGUACCGUAGUUUGUAAUUGCUUGGAAGCUGUAAUAAGGUCAAAUUCUGUGAUGUUUUGACUCUUAAGUACAGUGCUAUUUCUAAAUAAUCUACUCUUUACAAGAGUUUAUAAAAUGUUGAAUAUGAAUUUUUGU